AUGCCUAGCAGCAGCAAAAUGAAUCUGGAUGAUUUCUACUUUAUCCGUACUCUGGGGACAGGGAGUUUCGGUAGAGUGAAGUAUGCCAAGUAUAAGGGUGAUGGACAACAUUACGCUGUCAAGUUCAUGAAGAAGCACGAGAUACUAAAGCUGAAACAAGUUGAUCACAUCAACGCUGAGCGUAACCUCCUUAAUCAACUCAAUCAUCCUUUUAUAGUCAAUAUGCGGGGAUCAUUCAAGGACACUAGAUUCGUUUAUAUCGUGAUGGAAGUCGUCAAUGGAGGUGAGCUAUUUACUCAUUUACGACGGGCUAGGAAGUUCACUGAUGAGCAGUCUAAGUUCUAUGCUGCACAGAUAGCUGCUGCUUUUGACUACAUGCAUGGCAAGAAUAUCAUCCAUAGGGAUUUGAAACCAGAGAACAUCCUUUUAUGUGGUGAUGGAUACAGCAAGCUCACCGACUUUGGAUUUGCUAAGAUAAUCGAGCCUGGUGCCCGAACCUAUACUCUAUGUGGCACUCCAGAGUACAUAGCACCAGAAGUGUUGUUGAAUAAGGGACAUGGCAAACCUGUGGACUGGUGGACUCUUGGGGUACUCAUAUAUGAGAUGAUUGUUGGACAGCCACCCUUCUGUGAUGAGGAACCAAUGGGCAUCUAUCAGAAGAUACUAGCUGGCAAAAUCUACUUCCCUAAGUACUUCGAUAAGAAUGCUAAGGGAUUAGUGAAGAAGAUCCUCACUGCAGACCUCUCCAAGAGGUACGGCAACCUCAAGAAUGGUGCUGAUGAUAUCAAGAAGCAUAAAUGGUUUGCGAGCAUUGACUGGGAUGCACUACUGCGUAAGGAGAUACCAGCACCAUAUAAGCCGGAUAUGAAAGAUGCUAACGACAUUAGUAAUUAUGAGGAUAUCCCUGAGUCAACUGAGUUACCACCAUCCGUCCCGGCUGCUGCUGAUCCUUUCACUGACUGGUAA